CAUUCUGAGAUUCUCUGUCCUUUGUCACUGGGGCCACAGCCCUGCAGCAGAGCACUUAAAUAUAACAACAAAGGCUAUUUGUUGACACCUCUCAAAGCCCAAGUGCCUCGUUUGCACUCUGUGCUGUCAUUUAGAAAACCCAGAGUUAUUUUGAGACGUGAAUUGUUCCUUGUGCUGUCAGCAGGGACACACUCAGAAACGUGCACCUUGCAGGUCACCCUGUGCUGCCCUUGUGCUGACAGCAUUCCCUUGAAACCUGUCAUUCCCUUUGCACAUCCUGCUGCUCCCUGCUCCCAGGCAAUUGUAGGGAUUCAGAGAAGCCACGUGCAUGACAGAUGAUUACAGGGGACGUGAAAUCCCACGGGAAGGGAGGUGGGAAAGGUGAUUGCCCACUCCACGACAUUUCUGUCAUCUCACAAUGGCACUGGUGUUCAAAAGUAGAGCUUGAGGAAGAAAAUGUUGGGGAUUCAAAGCUGUUGGAUGUAAAUGUCAGUGGUUUUUCUUCUCAGUUCUGGAUUGCUCUCACACUGUAGCUGAAAACACCAUUUUUGUCCAUAAGGUGAGUUUUUCCUGUGGAAUUUCCAGCUGAUGUUUGUUCAGCAAAUAAAGAGGGAUGAAGCUGAUAAGAAAGGUGAUGUGAAGGACAGAAGGCUUUAUGGACAUGGGAGUUCCAGAAUUUCUAGACCAGGAGAUCUGAAUGUGUGUUUGGAAAGCUCUGUCUGUCUGUGGAUGGUGCUGAGCUCCCAGACCACUCUGGAACGAGGCCUUUCAGCCUGAAGCCUUGGCUGUCAGUGCAAAUUGUUCCUGUACCAUAGGGAAUAGUUUAGCCUAAAAUGAAAUGCCUUGUUCCUAUCAAACUCCAGUUUGAGGAUUUAAUUUUUGAUUCUAGAUAGAGUAGUGACAUGAGUCAAGUUUGAGCUAUGAAUCAACCAAGCUGUUGAGAGAUGAAAAUGGUGGGUUUUGGGUUUUUUUGAAAGAUUAAUCCUAUUUGUGACAUUUAAACUUUAUAUAUAAUAUAAAAAUGACAAUGUGCUCCUGUCAGUUGCUGCAUGUUGUACUCAAAUCCUUUUGGUUGAUGGAUUUUAGGUAGUCUGGUGAUGAAGAAGUGAAGUAGAACUUGUUAAACAGGUGAUUCUCAGCAAAGGGAGCCUUAGUGAAAUCACUUCUGUUUAGAAUUUUAUAUCUAGAUUUGCCUGUAACAGUCUAAGGGAAAGAAAUGGGCAGAAACUUCAAUUCAGGAUUAGCAACAUGGCUUGCAAGAGAUGUGUGGCAGCAGUCUGAGGUUUAAAAAUGUAAUUUUGCUGUAAUUAGUGGAAAAGCUGCUCUAUGGCUAAUUGUACAGUGUAUUCCUGCACUGGUUCCUGAAUGUUCAGGAUUGUGAUGCUGUGUCCAUGAUGGAUAGCAGAACUAGGAGACCUCUGGAAACAAUUUCUUCAUUCAUAGACCAAGCUCUGCUGUGUUAGAAACCCAUUAAAUGCCAAGUUCAGGGAAACAGAGCAGAGAGAGAGGCUGAGUCCCACCUGGGCAGGGCAGAACCUCAGCCAUGGAGGGGUCCUGGUGCCAGAAACACUCCCAGCUGACUCUCAGUAUCUCUCCAGGCAGCUCAGGAGCCUGUGAUGAGGCAAGGCCUUUUUCCUGUGCUGUUCUGUGCCAUGCCCAGAUAUGAAGGGCACAGUUAUUAUCUCCCAGAUACAUUAGGCAGCUGCAGAAUGGAAUUGGCAGGAGUUGUCUUUUGGCCUGGCCAAACGAUGUUUGGUGACACAGCAGAAAGGGGAAGUUGGCAAACAGCUGUUGGAGCAAUCUCCUGCUCACAAGCAGCUGUUUGCUCCUUCCCCUCCUGGCUGCCCUGGAAAUGUGUUUGAGAGUAGCUGUGGAUUUCUCACAGUCCUCGUGGGAGGGGCAGAAGUGACAAGUGCAGAAGUCACUUUUUGCAGCCUGGAAUUAUCCUGGAAGUGCACGUGGGAAGUCCAAGAAGGGAGCAUGGACCAGCCCAGUGGAAGGAGUUUCAUGCAAGUUCUGUGUGAGAAAUACAGCCCUGAGAACUUCCCCUACCGCCGUGGGCCUGGCAUGGGGGUGCAUGUCCCAGCAACUCCACAGGGCUCUCCUAUGAAAGACCGCCUGAACCUGCCCAGUGUGCUGGUGCUCAACAGCUGUGGCAUCACCUGUGCCGGGGACGAGAACGAGAUCGCCGCCUUCUGCGCCCACGUCUUUGAGCUCGACCUCUCUGACAACAAACUGGAAGACUGGCACGAGGUCAGUAAAAUUGUGUCCAACGUCCCUCACUUGGAGUUUCUAAACCUGAGUUCCAACCCUCUCAGUUUGUCCGUUUUAGAGAGAAGUUGCGCUGGGUCUUUCGCUGGCGUCCGCAAACUUGUGCUCAACAACAGCAAAGCUUCCUGGGAAACAGUGCACACCAUCCUGCAGGAAUUACCAGACUUGGAGGAGCUCUUCCUGUGCCUUAAUGACUACGAAACAGUGUCUUGUUCUCCAGUGUGCUGUCAGUCUCUCAAGCUACUCCACAUAACUGACAAUAAUCUUCAAGACUGGACUGAAAUUCGAAAGUUGGGAAUUAUGUUUCCAUCACUGGACACACUUAUCCUGGCUAACAACAACCUCACGACCAUUGAAGAGUCAGAAGAUUCCCUGGCAAGGCUUUUCCCCAACCUAAGAUCCAUCAACUUGCACAAGUCAGGUCUGCAUUGCUGGGAAGACAUUGACAAGUUAAAUUCUUUCCCCAAGCUUGAGGAAGUGAAAUUGCUGGGAAUUCCUCUGCUGCAGUCUUACACCACUGAGGAACGCAGGAAGCUGCUAAUAGCCAGGUUGCCAUGCAUCACCAAGCUCAACGGCAGCAUCGUGGCCGACGGGGAGCGGGAGGACUCGGAGCGGUUCUUCAUCCGCUAUUACAUGGAGUUCCCUGAGGAGGAGGUUCCUUUCAGGUAUCACGAGCUGGUCACCAAGUACGGGAAGCUGGAGCCCUUGGCAGUGGUGGAUCUGCGGCCUCAGAGCAGCGCCAAGGUGGAGGUUCACUUCCAGGACAAGGUGGAGGAGAUGUCCAUCCGCCUCGACCAGACUGUGGCAGAGCUGAAGAAGCACUUAAAAACUGUGGUGCAGCUGUCAACAAGCAACAUGCUGCUCUUCUACUUGGACCAGGAGGCUCCUUUUGGUCCCGAGGAGAUGAAAUACAGCUCGCGGGCGCUGCAUUCCUACGGCAUCCGGGAUGGGGAUAAAAUUUACGUGGAGCCCAGAAUGAAAUAG